GGUGAAAAUGGUUAACUAAAUAUUCAAAAUCUUUUGUGUCCAAUUUUAGUGCGAUGAACCAAACACUCAACAAAAAUAAUCCAUGUAUUACUAAUCCAUAUAUUACUAAUCCCUACAUUGCUAAUCCCUGCGUUAUUAAUCUAUGUAUAACUUGUCUUUGAACCAAACGACCCCUUAAUGCCUGCUCCUACCGCUUACAGAACUGCUCCAAAAGAAUUGAGCAAACAUUCUGUUUGGCUAGUCUAAUACACAUCUUGGAGGGUUAAGUGUUAAUAAUUGAUGUAUAGGAAUGUUUUAGCUAUUUACACUAUUCUCAGUUUGAAAAUAUUUGUCUGAUUUUGAAUUGACACGAAAUUUAAGAAAGUAAAAAGACUUUCAAAAUUUGUGAUUGUUAACUAAAGAUGUGUAAAAUAUACUAUAAUUCUUGUGCUCUUCAAUAUGUCAUGUGUAAAGUUAUAAUUAAAAAGUACUAAAAAAAGAAAGAGAUAUUAUUUUUUGAAACGUACUAAAAAAGGAAAGUAAAACAAAUAAAUUGAAACAAGUGAAUAUUAGUAGUAGUUCUAUGUGUAUUACAUUUUGGGCAAAAGUGCAAAUAUAUCCCUCAACUUUGCGACUUAGAGCAGAUAUACCCCUCGUUAGAAAAGUGGUUUAUAUAAAUCCUGUCAUUAAAAAAUAAUGCAAAUAUACCCUUUUCACUGACGAGAGUUUUUUUAAAAAAUCAUUUAGGUUAUAUUUUAAUUAAAAAAUACCACGUAACUUUAAGAAAAGUCUACCUAUUUUUUUUUUAGUAGACAUAUUUUUCUAAAGCCAUGGUAAUUUUUUUUUCUUGUGUGUCGGAUAUGAUUCGUUUAAAAAAAUAUCUCGUGACUUUAAAAAGAAUAAGUCUACUCAUUUUUAAAAUGAACUAGACCCGACCUAUCAGAAAAAAAAUUAUUAUGUGGCUUUAGAAAAGUAUGUCUCCUCAAAUAAAGGGUAGUUUUUUUUUUUUUAAGUAACGAGAUUAUUUUUAAUUAAAAAAUAAUUUAAAUGAUUUUCUUAAAAGAACCCGUUAGUGAAAAGGAAAUAUUUGUACUAAUUUAUAAUGGUAGAAUAUAUACACCACUUCUACUCUUAAUCCACCUUUGCUCUUACAUUUUGGUCCCACCUUACGAGAGAGCUCACCUUUUGGCGCACAGCAACAAUACCGUUGAGCUGCCGCACAACCUCAAUUUCCACAGAGUCACCGUCACCUCCACAACCCCCGGCCAUGGGUGAACAGACCCAAAUACAAACGAAAACGGAAACUCCACCUCAACCCCAACAACAAUCUCUACCCAAUUCUGAUGAUUUUCCCCAAAACCCCUCUAACCCUUCCAAAAUCCCAAUUCGACCCCAAAAAAUCCGUAAACUCUCCUCUUCCACCCCCCAAUCCUCCAAUGGAAAAGAAACAACCAAGAAUCGCCGCAAGACUGCACCCAAAUCAAACCGUGUUUUGCCCCAAAUCAUCAAGCCCUUAACAUUUAACGGAGAAAUCGAUAAUGCACUCCAGCACCUCCGUUCUGUGGACCCACUUCUCUCUUCCUUAAUGGAUACACUUCCACCCCCACAAUUUGAAACCCACCAUUCUGCUUUUUUAGCUCUUAGCAAAAGCAUUCUUUAUCAGCAACUAGCGUAUAAAGCAGGAACUUCAAUUUACACUCGUUUCGUUUCCCUUUGUGGAGGCGAAAACGCUGUUUGCCCUGAUAUUGUGUUAUCCCUAUCUGCUCAACAGCUUAAGCAGGUUGGGAUAUCGGGGCGAAAGGCCAGUUAUCUUUAUGAUUUAGCGAAUAAGUAUAAAAGUGGGAUUUUGUGUGAUGAGAGCCUGUUUAAGAUGGAUGAUAGGUCGUUGUUUACCAUGCUUUCGAUGGUGAAGGGUAUUGGUUCUUGGUCAGUGGAUAUGUUUAUGAUAUUUUCGCUUCAUAGACCGGAUGUUUUGCCUGUUAGUGAUUUGGGGGUAAGGAAAGGUGUGCAAUUGCUAUAUGGAUUGGAGGAAUUGCCAAGACCGUCGCAGAUGGAGGAGCUGUGUGAGAAAUGGAAGCCGUAUAGAACUGCAGGGGCGUGGUAUAUGUGGCGGUUAGUGGAAGGGAAAGGGAGUCCAACUAAUGCUGCAGCGGCGCCGAUUGAUGGUGGUAAUGUGCAUGCAUUGCAGCAAAUUCAGACUGAACAGGAGACACAGCAACAGCAACAGCAACAUCAACUGCAGCUUCUCGAGCCAAUUAACGGUAUCGAGAAUCUUGGGGCUUGCAUUUGGAGCCAAUGAUUGAAGCGUUCAGAUUUUGAUUAGACUAAUUUCUGAGGCUGGAAAAGAAUUCAAAUUUCAAGCAUGUGUUAAUACUGAGCUUAUGUUGCAGAGACUGUGAAGUUGUAAUAGCAAGCAAUUUUGCUUCUUCGGUUAUUCAAGUUUGUCAUUAGUUGUGAGAAGUUAGUGUUAUAAAGGACUGUCGUUAGAUGGCAGACCCUCAGUUGUUCGAUUGAUGUGGGGAACUGCACUUUCUGGGUAAGGAGGUAAUGCGAUGCUCACAAUUACUACUGUUUUGUCUUCCUCUCAAUUCUCAUGCCGCCUUUAAAUGUAAAAAGCACUGGAAUAAACUGCUUCUAACUGUGUUAUGAUUUUUAGCAAUGGCAAUGUAACAUAAAUAAAUCUGUACUUAAAUAGAGCUAUAGCCCUCGUCCUUGUUUCUUUC